GCCUGUGAGACAAAUUGGGAUCCGGUCAUGGAGGGAGUUACUUUUGUCAUGUUUGGGCUCAACAGCUGAUCACACACAGGUCUCCGGGGCCAUGUAUCGGCGACACUUGACCUGACCUGGCCCGUCCUGGGUUGAUUGGAACUUGUGCAAGUGAGAAAGUAAUUUAUUUAGUGUGCGGAAUUUCAGAUUGAAGAAAUAUCCAUCAUGAUUCCAAUGAAGAGUCUUCAGGAAUGGGCAGCAGAUUGCAUUGCCAAAAGUCUCCUGAAUAGCCUGUGUGUGACUCGGCUGGCCAUCAGCGCCUUUCGCUGCUCAGUGGAUUCCAGCCAGAGGGAGGUCAUUACACAAUGCCUUACAAACCUGAAGGUACAUCUGUCCAGCUUAGAAUGUACUGCUGCCUCCACCAACAUCAGCAAUCCUGUUUCUAGACUCUUAAAAAGAAGAAUUGCAUCAGUUGCAGAAUAUAUAUCAUGCCAAUCCCAGGUGAACUUCCUCAAAGCUUCUAUUUUGAAACUACUGCUGCUAGAGGAAUUUGUACUCAGUACAGGAGUCGUAUGGGAAGGAAGGAAUGCAGCCUCGGGGGAAGACAGUGAUGGUGACUUCAACAUUGGGUAUUCUUCAUCAGACACUGCCUAUCUGGAUGCUUUCAUCAGAGUUCUGGAGACACUAGGCCCCUUUCCUGUGGAGAAGGCAGUGAUCUGCUUUGAUUUCCAAGAUACUGACAACAUGAAAGCAGUCCUGCAAGCAUUGUUCAAGAGUUGUACCAAAAUCAAGAGCAUCCAUCUGGCAGGGAAGAGUGUUCACCUUACUGCCCUUAGCAAAUUAAAAUCCAUCUCAAAGCAACUAGAGGAGCUUGUGCUAAUUGACUCCUUUGGGUCACUGACAAAAGAUGUUUUCUGUGUGUCCUUGCUAGGACGGCCUUGGAUAGAGUACAUUUCCAGUCAUGAUGGGAGGUAUAACUGCUUAGAACCUCAAUUUCCUGUCUUGAAACACUUGUGGUACCAGCGACAAAAUUCUCAUCAGGGCUGGAAUGAUAGCUUCAUUAAGACUGCAAUUCUCACUUACUAUCCCAAUCUUCGCACACUCAAUUGGCAUGUGAAUGACUUGAACCACAACUAUGCCCUCACCAAAAUUCCAGGGUUGAGUGGCAAGCAAUACAACCUGGAGAACCUACUCCUGACAUCUGUUGAUCUAUCUGACUCCAACAGGAAUACAGCAUCCAACAGGCUUAUCUGCAGUGUGGAUGUUGGAUAUCUCUCUCAACUAUUUCCAGGCCUACUAGAUGUGUCUUUGAUAUUUUCUCGAGGCAGAGACUGUCAGUGUUCACGCUCAGAAUUAAGGGGUCCCUGUGAAGCAAGGGCUGCACAAAUCAUAGAGACACUUACUAAUGUGCUCUCUGAGUGUAAGAAGGUAGAGUCCCUUACAGCAGGAGGGGACAUUCUACACUUAGACUCUAUUCUCCAUCCUAUUCUUAGUGUUUAUGGGUACAGGCUGAAAUCCCUGGGCUUGCGGCUACUUUCUACUGCCACUACCAAGCGGGAGGACAUUGUAUCUAUUGUCUCCCUAUGUGCAAAUCUUGAAAAUAUUACAAUCACAGGAAAUGGCAUCCUGGAGGGAAAACCAGUGAGGACUCCUCCUGAGUGUAAAUGGCCCAAAGUGAGGACAUUACAUUUUGUGCUUAGUGUAACUCAUCCAGAAAAUAUAGAAUUAAUGCAAAUGUUUAUAUCUGCAUCAUAUUUUGUGGAAAGUUUAAGUGUGAGUACAUUUUCAUUAAAGAGUUUAUGUUCAAUACUUUGUAGACAGACAACUAUUCCUGUGAUAACUCUUAUUUUACCAAUGCUCGAUGAUAUAUCUGACAUUGAUUUAGAUGACCAACUAUGUGUGAUAUUGAAGCACUGCCCAAGGGUGCGCCACAUGUAUGUGCCGCGUAGACUCAAACAGUGGAGAGACCUGCAGGAAAAGCUUUGGAAUCGAGGAGUAACUGUAAAAUUUACCGACCUCCUGGUAGGUGAAUGCUGAAGAUCCGACAAUGUAUUAGAAUUAUGCUAUGUUGUGAAAGACAAUAAUGCUUUUAAUAACAAAUUUAGUCGCAUUUUCUAGAUUGAUCUCCACUAUGUGCAAAUACAGAUAUUCCCUAAGGGCCUGUUCACACUAGACAGUUUUAGUCAUAUGAGUACUGUGAGGAAAUUGCCAAUCAUUGGAGGUAUUCUCACACAGUUGCUCUAUUUUCUCAGUUGUGCAACUAAAGUCACCUCGUGUGAACAACUGCCACAGCCAGUUACACGACUAAACUCAUCUACUGUAAAUGGGGCCUUAACUUAAGGAAAGAUCAAUUAUAAAACUAACAAAAUCCUUUAAGGAUGGUAAAUAGUUAACUGAGAAUUAAAUUACUUUAGUAUAUAUUGUACCAUUUGACAAUGUGACCCAAGGUAAAAAAAGAAAAAAGGAAAGAUUCAUUAGAAUAAAUUUGCAAAAUUAUAUCGAUACUGAAAUAUUUACUUUGAUGAUUCUUGCUCUGUACCUACUCAGUGGUUAAUGACUGGUGCUGUGGGAAGUGGGAAGGGACUUCAUACUAGGACCCACACUGUGGCCAAUAAUAUUUGGUAUAAUGUACUGAACAAAUUAAUGUAGGUGCUCUGGAGUCUCGUUAUUUUUCUCCAUAAUCAUUGAUACUAAUAUUUAUUUGAAAUAUCACUAGUCAUUUAUUGUUAGUGUUACAGCAUCUUCAUGUGCUUACAAAUUGUUAGAGUGAGUAGAUAUGUAUAUGUACAGUAGCACCUUGAUACUUUGCAGGUUUGGUUUCCAUAGAUAUCUCAAGUUACCUUAAAAGAAAUAUAAAAUAAUAUUCCUAUCAAAAGAACUAAAUAAGUUUUUGAAGAAAAAAAUUCUGUUCAUAAUUCUUUAAAACUAUACUAUUGGGCCUCACUGAACUUGAAUUUGCUGGUGAAAAGUCCCGGGUAGCAUGAUUUGGUGUCAAAAAAAUAAUCAGCUAUAAAUCAUCUUUACUAUGUUCCAACUGGACAUGGUUUGAGCUGUAAAUCUUUUUUAAUUAUAAUGGUUAUACUGGCCCAGUUUAUUGGAUUAAAAAUCCAGUUUAUUAGAAAGCAAAAAUAGUUAUCAAAAUAUAACAUGGGAUUGGGAGGAAUUUGCAAUCUCAAGAAUUAACUUGUAACUUUAAAAAAAAAAAUUAAAUAUAUUUAUUAUUAUGAAUUCCAAUAAUUCACCAUUGUUUACAAUUUUUCUCGUUUAGAAACAUUAGGAAAUAAAAUUUUAAGUGCUAUGAAACAUGUAUCUUGUACUAUAGUUAUCAUUCUAAUCAUUUAUUUUGUUUAAGCUCUAUCUAUUUUCUGUAAGAUGAACAUUGACAAAAAGUAUGACAAAACACCAGCUCAUACUGUGUUUACCUGACUGGGAAUUAAAUUCCCAAAUCUCUCAGCUGUUGAGUAUAAAAACCAUAACAUUAAGGUGUUUGUAUAUUGAAAUUGUCCUCCUUAAUGGCUGGCUAAAGAAGAAAAAAAAGUGCAGGAAUAAAACGAUAGGAAGAGGUUUCCAGUCCUUAAGCCACCUUUCACAAUAUGGAAGAGGUUUCCAGUCUCCUUCCUUAAGCCACCUUUCACAAUAUGGAAUGUAACAGUAGCAGCAGUAGUAUUUCAGCCUGAUCAUAGAUUGUGUGGCUCCAGAGUGUUUUUCAAUGUUUCAUACUUAUUAAUUGUAUUUUACAUAUACUAAUAUCCAAUAUUUUUUAUUCACAAAACCUUAUAAUUUUUUAGUUAAAUUUCAAGUAUAAUUGAUGAAAUAUUCUUUAUUUUCUUGUUUAAUUUUGUUAUCUUUGUGUUUACCUAGAUGUGAUUUAUUACAAAUGUAAACUAUUCUAACUGCCUGGGCUCUCUCUCUCUCUCUCUCUCUCUCUCUCUCUCUCUCUCUCUCUCUCUCUCUCUCUCUCUCUCUCUCUCUCUCUCUCUCUCUCUCUCCCAAAAUUUCUUGACAGUAUAUGAAUAGAAUCUAUCUCAAGAGCACACAAUCUCAGGAUGACACCAUUCUUGAGUAUACAGUUCCUAGUUGAUGGUGAAGCUGUAACAGCCCUGUACAACUUAACACUUUGGCCAACUCUCUUCCCAUUCCAAGCACACUCUCUCUCUCUCUCUCUCUCUCUCUCUCUCUCUCUCUCUCUCUCUCUCUCUCUCUCUCUCUCUCUCUCACCACUGAGUGACAGUGAUCUAUAAGCCUUACUAACUAUUAUCAUUAUAAAUGGCAUCAUCAUAACUAUAAUAAUAUCCUUUGAGAACAGCCAUCCAAAUGAAAUUAAUCACUUUGCCUAAACAUUCUAAAGCUGAAAAUUUUAAAUACCAGUGAAGUUACAUAUUGCCAUUUUGCAAAAUGUGUAUUAAUCCUUAUUGCAGUAGAGAAUUCAUAAGAAUAGCCAGUGGAUUUCUAAUAGAAUACAUAGCUAAACAUUUCUGUAGUAUGACAUUAUUUUUUACAUAUUGAUCAUUAUACUACAUGUAAAAUUUAUUAAUUGCUGUAGAGGAUUAGUUUAUUUUGUUUCUUAGAAAUUCAUAUUGAUUUAACUUAAGUGUUAAAAAUCUUUACUAAAGCUGAGUUGGCUAUUACCAUGAGUGAUGACAAGAUUCUGUUACUAGAAUCUGUUUGCAUUUUGUUUUUAUCAAUCAUAGUGUUCAUUAUUUUAUCCAGUACAAAUGAUUUGUAAUGUUUUGUAUUUAUUGUUGUAUGGAGAUCAUAAUUCAGUUAUAUUACUAUAGUACUUGGUGACUACCAAAUGAUGUUUUGAGAAUGUUAACCACCUCCUCCAGAAAAGUUAGUCUCAGAAAUCUAGUCAAGAUUUUAUGAUAAUUAGGAAAUACUAUAUAUGAAACCUAUAUUUCCUUGAAGAAAGAAUGUAAAGUAUCUCUUCAGAGAUAAUAAAUUUUCUAUAAAAAAUAGAAAUAUCCUUAUUUUGCUUUGUAUAUUUCAAAACUGAAGUGAAACUACCUCAGGCAUUACCUAUAAACCAAGCAACUGAAUAAAUUAAACUUAGUAA